UGAAUAUAAAUUAGGAAUUCUAAUCAUCUAACUUGAGAGCCGGUAAGAUGUAUUCUAACAAUAUUUAUCGAAUUCUUUCCCUUGUUUUUGUUCAAAAAAAAAUCAGCAGGUAUCAAACGAUCGGCACUAACUUCUAUACAUACAAGGCUAAAGCCCUAGCACAUUUCCUCCCAAUCGCAAUUUUGCCCAACACAUUCCCGCCUCUCUUACUCUCCCCAAAUGGCCGACAAGAAGAAGCGCCGCCGAGCAGCCACCGACUCCGACUCCGAGUCCGACCCUCUCCAGUUCAAAUCUAAACUCAAACCCGACUCCACCAUCCUCCAAACACUCAAAGCCCUUAAAUCCUCCGCGGCCACCUCCUCCGCCGCAAAACCCGUAACCCUUUCCGACCUCAACCUCCCCACCGCCUGCCGCGAAGUUAGCGACCUACCGCUAACCUCCGUCCAAUCCUCCAUCGAAUCAGUUGUCCUUUCACUUGCACACUCCAUCCUCUCAGGCAACGGUUUUUCCUUCUCCGUCCCCUCACGCGCCGGCGCCAAUCAGCUCUACGUCCCUGAGCUCGACCGUAUCGUCUUGAAAGACAAAUCCUCCGCUCGACCCUUCGCCAAUGUCUCCUCCGUGCGAAAAGCCACCAUCACCACUCGGAUUCUCCAGCUGAUCCACCAGCUCUGCCUGAAAAACAUCCACGUCACUAAACGUGAUCUCUUUUACACUGAUGUCAAGCUUUUUCAAGAUCAAUCUCAUUCAGAUGCCAUAUUGGAUGAUGUCUCUUGCAUUCUCGGCUGCACGAGGUCGAGUCUCAAUGUCGUCGCAGCUGAAAAGGGUGUGGUUGUGGGUAGGCUCAUUUUUAGUGAUAAUGGUGAUAUGAUCGAUUGCACGAAAAUGGGGAUAGGAGGAAAGGCGAUACCUCCGAAUAUUGAUAGAGUUGGAGAUAUGCAGAGUGAUGCAUUGUUCAUACUAUUGGUGGAGAAGGAUGCUGCAUAUAUGAGGUUGGCUGAGGAUAGGUUUUACAACAGGUUUCCCUGUAUAAUUGUGACGGCAAAAGGUCAGCCGGAUGUGGCGACAAGGCUGUUCUUGAGGAAAAUGAAGAUGGAGUUGAAGCUCCCAGUGUUGGCAUUAGUGGACAGUGAUCCAUACGGGUUGAAGAUUUUGUCAGUAUAUGGUUGUGGGUCGAAGAAUAUGUCGUAUGAUAGUGCAAAUUUGACGACCCCUGAUAUAAAGUGGUUGGGAGUUAGGCCUAGUGAUCUGGAUAAGUACAAGAUCCCAGAGCAGUGUAGGUUGCCGAUGACAGAGCAGGAUAUCAAGACUGGAAAAGAUUUGUUGGAGGAGGAUUUCGUGAAGAAGAAUUCCGGAUGGGUCGAGGAGUUGAAUCUGAUGGUGAAGUCAAAGCAGAAAGCUGAAAUUCAGGCUUUGAGCUCAUUUGGAUUUCAGUAUCUCACUGAGGUGUAUUUGCCGCUGAAGCUGCAGCAGAAGGAUUGGCUCUGAAGGCAAACUGUAUCUCUGUUCCUCUUUUUUGAUGCUGGUCGAGAAGUACAAUUGGGAAUCAGUAUUGCAUCUAUAAGAUACAAAGAGCAUGAAUGGAUUUAGGAAUCAGUCUCUGGUCUGUGGUUCCUUCACACUGUUGAUGUUGAAUGUAAGUUGCUCUAAUAUGAACUAAUAUAGUUCAGUCCUUUUGAGUGUGAUUAUAAUGAAAAGUUGCUCUCACGACUAUUUCUUGACAAAUUCAGCAUAUAGUGCUAUGAAUUUGACUCAAUGGAUGCAUUUGAUAUUUCUUUUU